AUGGUGUCUUUAGGUAGUUCUUGUCAAAAGUUGUCUUCCCUGUCAUUUUCUGGGUCUUGCGGGGUUGAUGCGGAGGGUUUAAGUGGUGGUUUGCUUUUGUUGUGGUCUUCGAAUGUACAAAUAUCUCCUAUUUCCGUGUCGAGUCGUUUUGUACUUUGUUCUUGUACAAAUGUUGUGGAUAAUGAAAUAAGCUAUAUGUUGUUUGUGUACGGUGCGCCUCAUUUGCAGGACCGAUAUUUAGUUUGGAAUGAUAUUGCAGCUAUCAUUUUAAACUAUCCGAAUAUCCUUUUGAUUGGAGACUUUAAUCAGGUCGAGUUUCUAAAUGACAAAUUGGGAGGCUCUCGGGUUAUUCCAGGGAGGCUUGAAUUCAUUCAAUGGCGGUUAGAAAAUGGAUUGAUUGACAUUCCUUUUUCUGGCUCGCCAUUUACCUGGACUAAUAACCACCAUGAUAAUACUGUUUCUUUUGAGCGAUUAGAUAAGGCGUAUGCCUCGUCAGACUGGUUGCGGAUGUGCCCUGAUGCUUCUGUCAUCCAUCAACCUAUAUUCCUCUCGGAUCAUUCAGCAAUUAUUCUAAGUUCGGACGCAGCUGUCUGUGCUCGUCGUCCUUAUAGGAUUGAAAAUUGGUGUCUGCAUGCUAAACCUGUCGUGGAAUUUGUUAUUUCCACUUGGAAUCAACACUUUCUGGGUUCUCCUAUGUUUGCUUUGUGUUCAAAGCUUUCGUUGAUUCGCAAUUUCUUGUUAACUUGGUGUGUUCAGAAUCGACGGCUUUGGGGAAUUAAUUGGAGGGAGGUGAAUUCUAUGGUGGCUACUGCGGCCUCAUCUAUUGCGCCUAGCCCUUCGGCUUCUCUCUUUAUUACUUCUAAGAACGAAUGUGUUGCUAGAACGCAGGCUAUGUUUAUGUAUUGGCGUCAGCGAUGUAAGAUUAAAUGGGAUGCGUUUGGUGAUAUUCAUUCUCGACUCAUUUUUGCUUCGGUUCAGGCUAGAAAAAGGAAAAAUUUUAUUCAUAGCCUGCAAAAUAAUGAGGGCACGACUGUACGGGAUGGCCCUCAGCUUCGCCAGCUUAUCUCAGAUUUCUAUUUAGAUUUGUUUGAGGCUCAUAAGCCUGAUGUUCCUCCUUUGGAGUACGAUUGGGGUUCACUUCACCUUCCUUCUUUAUCUGUUGAGGAUAAGGGUCUUCUCAUGAGUCCUUUUUCUGGAAAUGACAUCCGUCAUGCUAUGUUCCAUAUUUCGGAUAAUAAAUCUCCAGGCCCUGAUGGGUUUUCAGCUGCUUUUUUUAAGCUUCACUGGAAUGUUGUUGGAGACCAUGUUAUCCAGGCUAUUCAAUUUUUCUUCGCUCACGGCUUCAUGCUUAAAAAUUGGAAUCGUACUUUCUUGAUUCUUCUUCCUAAGGUACUGUAUCCGGAGUCUGUCUCUCAGUUUCCACCGAUUGGGCUUUGCAAUGUCAUUUAUAAGUGUAUUGCGAAAUGUCUCACCCAUAGGAUGCGUUUGGUCUUGCCGUCUCUGAUCAGUGAUACUCAGAAUGCUUUUGUCCCGGGUCGCUUAAUGUCGGAUGAAUGCCUUGUGGCCCAUGAACUCAUGUCUUACAUUAAUCGAAUUAAAGCAAAGAAGAAAUUUUGGGCCGUUGUAAAGUUGGAUAUGAAUAAGGCCUAUGACAGAGUUCGUUGGGAUUUUCUUUUUCAGGCCCUGCAUGAGUUUGGGUUUCCUCCUUAUUGGGUUAACAUCAUUCGUCAAUGUGUUACAUCAGUUUCUUAUCAGGUGUUGGUUAAUGGUGAGCCGUCUCGCUCCUUCACUCCCAAGUGUGGUUUGCGUCAAGGGGAUCCGUUAUCUCCAUAUCUGUUUGUUCUAUGUAUGGAAGUUAUGUCGGCACUAUUGCGUCGUGCGGAGCAGGAGCACCUUAUUCAAGGCAUCUCAGUUUGUAGGGGAGCUCCUUCGAUUUCGCACCUGUUCUUUGCUGAUGAUUCACUGCUGUUCUUCCGGGUUUCGCCUAGGGAGUGCGAUCAGGUGAUCUCUAUUCUUGAAGAGUUCAGCGGUUUAUUAGGUCAGGUGAUUAAUUAUCAAAAGUCUUUUGUCAAAUUUAGUCCUAAUACUCCUCAAGAUUAUCGUGAUUACUUGGCGGCCUCUCUUCGCCUUGGCCAACGAUCUUCGCUGGGUCCCUACUUGGGAGUACCGGUUGACAUUGGUCGCUCGAAGUGUUCGGUUUUUUUUGACCUGGUGGAUAUCAUAGCUCGUAAGCUGGCUAAUUUUUCGUCCCUUCACCUGUCCGCGGCGGCAAAGUUGGUAGUUAUCAAUUCAGUGUUGGUAGCUUCGAUUACUCAUGUGCUUUCAGUGUUCUUGAUCCCGAAAUCAAUUUGUGACCGCAUUGACAGUUUAUGUCUUCGGUUUUGGUGGCGCUCUUCAGCUGCUUCGAAGGGUAUGGCUAUGGUGUCGUCUUCACUUCUUCACCUUCCUAAGGGUAUGGGAGGAUUGGGAGUCAGGAAGAUUAGCACUUUCAAUCAGGCUUUGCUAGCAAAAACUGCCUGGCGCAUUGUUCACCACCCUCAGUUGUUGGUCUCUCGUUUGUAUCAAACUCGGUAUCCUGCUCUUGCUAUUCAUCCUCCUUCGACUAGGGUGUCUUGUCCAUCUUGGGGUUUUAGGAGUCUUUCUCGGGGUUUCCAAGUGCUUGACCAAGGUAUUGCUUGGAAGCCUAGUGCGGGUUCUCGGAUUCGUAUUCUUCAGGAUACGUGGGUCUCUAUGGAUCGUAUUUCGUUUAGAUCUUCGGUGAAUGGGUUGGAUUGUCCUACCCAUGUUUCUUCUUUACUUGAUCCGCGUUCUUACGCGUGGAAUAUUGGUAUGGUUCGUCGUUUUUUCCUGGAUAAGAUUUCAUCUCAGAUUCUGGCUCUGGAGCGUCCAACCUCGGAAACGGAUGAUUUCUUAUAUUGGAAAUUUGCUCUGGAUGGGAAAUUCACGGUUCGUUCGGCUUAUGCGAUGCUUUUGCGUUCUUCUCAUCAUGCUGCUGGGGUGACUUCUCUUCCCUCUUCUUCCUGGUGGAAGCAUUUCUGGGGCUUGGAUAUCAUUCCACGGUUUAAGCUUUUCUUUUGGAAACUGCUUCACCAGGCUUUGCCGCUGGCAACCUUCCUUUGCCAAAGAGGUUUGCCAGUUGACCCUCUUUGUUCAUUAUGCAAUCAGGACCCUGAAAGUGAUUUACAUUUAUUCCGGGAUUGUCCUUUGCUUUUGAAUCUUUGGUCAUCUGGCCCUCUUCGUAUGUUUUGUCCUUCAGUUGCUUUGGAUAGGUUUAUUCCCUUGUGUGUUAAGUUUGUUAAUAACCUGUCAUCUGGACCGUUGGCAUUUCAUGUUAUGGUUGAGGGUUGGAGAGGUCGCUGCUUUGAGGUUCGUUUGCUUCGCCGUAGUUCUAAGGAGUCUCCGUUGUUUCAAGGGAGCUCUUCCCGGGUGACUGCUAUUUCCGGGUUGUCAAAUCUGUCCGCGGGGCCUACUGGCAUUACUGUGGACAUUUGUCUUCUGUCGGAUGGGGCUUGGGUUUCUAGUAAUAAUAAUGCAGGGAUUGGCUGGAUUCUGCAGGACCCGAUUUCGUUGAUUCAACUAGGGGGCGGAGCUCAAGCUUGUGUUUUGGCUUCCGCUCUUCAGGCAGAACUGAUCGCUUGUUUACGAGGCGUUCAAAUGGCAGUUAGGAGGGGUUAUUCACGUCUUUUAAUUUAUUCGGACUCCUCGAUCUUAGUAGGUUUGCUGAACGGAUCUUCUCCAGGUCCAGUCUCGGUUAUCCGGUUGGUUUGCCAGUUGCGGGACACUCUUCAUUCUCUAACCUGGUUUUCAGUUCGUAAGGUCUCUCGCCAGUUGAUUUAUCCGGCUCACAUUCUGGCCACUUCUGCUCGGCGUCGACAGCUUCUGUGUCACCACUUUUAA